GUUACUACUUUUGUAUUGAGAACCGAGAUUAAUUACUCAGUUAAUUUUUAAUACCAGUUAGUGUUGUUUAUGUAUUAUUAUGUAUUUAUUUAUUUGUUUAAGUAUUUUUUGUUACUUUUCAACUAAAAUUAUAAGUUUGUAAAAUGUAAGAAUAAACUCGUUUACCUACUUAACAGCUGUAAAACUAUUAGUCAUGUGCUUACUUAAGUGUAGAUAUAUAUAGAGUACUCUUUAUUGCACGCCUCAGUGAAAGAAAUACAGCUUCAGGAAAAAUAAUUGAUUAAUAAAUAGAGGCAGACAACAGGCGGUCUUAUCGCUAAUGAGCAUAGAUGUUAUCCUUAACUAUUUAACUUUGCCAUUGUUUAUCUGAUUAGCAAGCAUUUUUUACGUUUACUCACAUCAUAGACGCAGUGUCUGUCUAACAUCCGUGUAGGAAGAACGCAAUGAGUUUUACGGAUAAAGUGGCAAUUGUGACUGGUGCCAGCUCUGGCAUAGGAGCUGCGACAGCCGUAGCUCUUGCCAAAGAUGGUGCCAAAGUAGUUCUGGUGGCUAGAAAUGAGGCCAAACUAAGUCAAGUGGCCCAGAAAUGCAAACAACUCGAUGCUAAAUAUCUCAUCAUCAAGGCCGAUGUCUCCAGAGAUGAAGAAGUCAAAACUAUUGUCGAUAAAACUAUCGAUCAUUUUGGUCAGUUAGACGUAUUGGUCAACAAUGCUGGAUUUGGCAAAAACGCAUCGAUACUAGACGAGAAGAUUAUGGAAUGUUUCGACCUCGUUAUGAACACGAAUCUGCGUGCAAUCGUCCUCUUAACGCACUUGGCUGCGCCUCAUUUAGUCAAGACUAAGGGCAACAUAAUUAAUAUAUCAAGCGUUGUCUCUUUACGCAUCCCUUCAGAAGGAGGCUAUCUGUCUUACGCAGUAUCAAAAGCAGGGUUGGAUCACUUCACACGCUGCGUUGCUUUGGACUUAUCUCCACACGGAGUAAGAGUCAACUGCAUCAACCCAGGACCCGUCAAGACCGAUAUAGUAGCGAAUGCAGGAAUCACAAAUUCAGAUAUAGUAUGGGAGCACUGGAAAGCUAAAACACUACUUAAGAGAAUAGGAGAGCCGGAGGAGAUUGCGGACUUGGUUCUGUUCCUGGCAAGUAAUAAGGCAAGAAGCAUUACUGGAUCUACAUUUGUUUCGGACAACGGAGUACUUCUGUCUUAAUUAAAAAUAUUUUUAUUGUUCACAAUGAACAUGUAAAACAAAAUGCUCUUAGAACAAAUAAAGUUACUUUCUUAUGGAAAUAAAUUUAUCUACACACGUAAUCAUAAACCCUAUGAUGCCUUCAAAAUCCGUAAAUAAUGGCCAACAUUACGCUAAACUGUUUUGUUACAACAAAUUUCUUAUCUGUGAAAAUGUUGUUAUUGCUUCAUAACUACAUCAAAAUCGAUUUGGUUAUGACAUUCAAAUUUGGAACGUCUCUGAAAAAAAAGCAAUUCGAUUUGACAUCUAUUCUAAUAUCAAUCGAGAUGCCUUUUUGUUCGAAAUGAAAUGUCAAUUGCAUACAAUUUUUACAAAUCUUGCAUGUUAGUUUGUAUCGAAUGAUACGGAAAUAGGCCCCCGCUCUAGUUUGUCUCUGAAUUAAAAAAAAUACGGAUGCCUGACAUGCGUGAAAAAAGUUUUUUUUACCGCUAUUUGACGUACAAUUUAUCUUUUAAUUAGUUUUAAGUAUAAAAUGAAUUUGUUUUGUUGUUUGUAACGUAACUAUAGCAAAAGUUUCGUCUAAAAUGAGCGAUAAAAAUAUUUCGGAGAUGCCGCCAUAUAUCCGCGAGUUCCGCCAAGAGAGCAACGAUGCCCUAACGUUGGCUGUAAUUUGGGUUAGUGAAUAUAACAUUGAAAGUUUAUAGUAUGUGUGUAAAUAAAAUAUGUAGGAUUUAAAACACUCAUGUGCUCCUAUUAAGAAACUCACUUUGUUCGUUUCUUAAACCCACACUCGUGUAUUUUAAUGCCUUUUAUUAUGUAGCAGUCACAUAAACUACUAUUAUUUUGUGUUUUUUACAAGAAGUCACAUUACUAUUUAGACUAUAUUUAUUAAUAGCCUACUUUGUGUCCCACUGGCAAAACUGGGCAAAGGCCUCCCCUGACUUCAGCCAGUCGUCACAAAAUGAGUCCCACAUCACACCAUCUCCUUUUUGGCCUGCCUCUGCCUCGGGUGAUCUGUGGUGCCCAUUCGGUUGCUAUUUUGGCCCAUCUGUCCGGGUGCAUCCUACCGAUGUAUACCGCCCAACCCCACUUGAACUUGGCGGCCUUUACACUCACAUCUGCG